GGUAUGGCCGUAAAUAUGCUAACUUUCAAGGGUAAAGUGAUAAGCUUCUUUUUAAAACCAAACCACGACUUUCCUUACCCUUCUAGAUAUUUCUCUUUCUCUCUCUCCGCAGUCCGCACACAAUCAUACAAUUCUACUUUCUCAAGCUCUCAAACAACAAAUUCAGAUCCAAAUAACAAAAGAACACUAGCUUCUGAGGUAUGAUGCUCGGUGGUUCACUAUUUUCUCGUUGUUUCUCUGUCUUUAAGCGGUGAUCGAUAAAACGAUUCAAACGACGGUACAAGAAGUUACUGGUUUUAGCUUCGGAUACGACUACCAUUGGGCGUAUUACUUGAAUCGGUUUGACAAAGAGGUAAGUUUGCUAAGUGAACUAUUUUAGAGGCAUAUUUUUAAUAACACCCUUAUACUUUUCUUAUGGCAUUCUUCCAUGGGCCAACAUCUGAUGAUUCUCAUAAAUGAUAAGUUGUUCUUGCCAUUAUCAUGUGAGAUUUAGAAAGAGGAUUUAAUUUCCCUAAACUUGUAUUAUAUCUCGGGGUUCCAAAAUGACCCCAAACUAUUGACAAAUCCUUCCAUACCUUGAUAUGGUAAGACCUAUAGUUGGAUCUUGCUAAUCAUUUAGAUGGAAAUCGAUCUCUGACUAAUUCAAAUGUACAAAAUGUAGUAUAGUACCUUGUUAGUGUAGCUGUUUGCAAUUUGUUCUCGGAACAUCUUUUGAUUGAUCUUUCUAGAUGCAUUUGGGAAUCAGGACUUCUUUUUGGUACUUUUCUUGGACACAAUACAUGAAAGGAAGUCAUUUUCUUUGGUGGAAUGAUAUUUAUGGAACCAUCACAUGAUCCUUCUCUAACUGUACUUUACACUUUGAUAAGUAAUAAAGACACCACAAACCUACAGUAUGAUUGGCAUGUAUCCUUAAAGGAACUCCUGUGUGCGAACUUAUGGCAAGUGAUUCUAGCAAUUGCUGAUCUGAGAAGCUUUAAUCCAGGUAUCACUUGAGCAUACAAAGAUGCUAAGGCAUCUGUUGAAAAUGCUAUAUUUUCUUUACGUCCUGGUUGCUACAGAAUCAUGCUUUCCUUCAGUACUGCAUCCUUGGACAUUAUUUAUUGAAGAAUCUUUAUUCCGAACUCACCUCUUCAUAAAUACUUAUGUCAAGUGAAGUAGUGAAAUGUGGUAAUUGAUUUAUUGAAGAAUCUCGUGAUAUUUAUUAAAAGGGCAGCCCAGUGCACUAAAGCUACCGCUAUGUGUGGUGUCAGGGGAAGGGCCCCACCACAAGGGUGUAUUGUACACUGUCUUACCUUGCAUUUCUGCCAGAGGCUAUUUCCAAGGCUUGAACCCAUAACCUCUUGUGAUAUUUAUUAAUUGUGGUAAUUGCAGAAGCACAUCCAACGCUGCAAUAAUUUUUCUUUAGGUAGAACAUGCUACCAGCUAUUGCAGGAGAGAAGUCUUGAAAAUGAGAUUCUCCUUCACUAUAUACUUGAGCUAUCUGAUUUAAGCACCUCUAUAUAUUGCUGGACCAAUUAUUAGCUUCAACGCAUUUGCUUCAUAGCCUGAUGCUUAUGGAAUCAAUGACACAUUUCUUUUAUUACAAUGCAUUUGCCAUUAGUGGCACAUGGAAACACUUAUCUCCUUUGGACAUCUUCAUCAUCGGGUAUUGAACUUCUUGUGGCUCAAGUUUUUUGUCCUUUGGCGCUACUUUCGCUUCUGGUCACUGCAGACUGCAUCUUGUACCAUCAAGUGCUUGCAUGACCUACAUUUCAAUAAAGAUGAGUCAAAGAUUCCAAUCUCUUAAGUGGAGAGAUUAUGUGGUGAUGAUUUUCAAAGAGCACAAAUCUGGGUGAUGGUUAUUCUGAAUCUUUUAGCAAAGAUGGGUGUUUAACUGCCACAUAAUAGCUUUACAAAACUGAUGAAGUUUGCAUUGGAGGUUUAUGAAGAAUGUUGGUGAACUGAGAGAUGUUUCAAAUAAAGGGAAUAAUGCUGAGAUAAAAGUGUUUCUAGAAGUAGAAUUAUGCUUGGAUCUGGGACCUUUAUCUCCACCAGGAAAGGUCAAGGAAGUAAUUCUUCUGUUUUUCAAACUUUAUGACCCUUUGGAAGAGAAGAUAAGGUACAUUGGGGGAAUGUUUGUAAACAGAAGUAGCAAGCCGCUGGAGAUAUUGACAAAGCUGAAUGAGUUGGCUGGCUUUUUGCCUGAUGAAGAAAUUGAUUUUUUUGAGUCAUCGGAUUGGUGGCAAGGGGUCGUCAGCAAAGCAAGACUAAGGGGAGAAGAGGAAGGUCCAAAUCAAAGGGCCGAGCCAGUGGCGGAACUACACUAAAGUCAGGGGGUUCAUCCGAAUCUCCUUCGGCGGAAAAUUAUGUUAUAUAUACAUGGUUAAAAUUAUUUUUUAGGUAUAUAUAUUAGAUGUUGAACCCCCUUCGAUUAGUUUUUAUAUUCACUAAUGAACCCCCUUAGCGAAAAUUCCGGCUCCGCCACUGGACCGAGCUGUUGCCAAAGAUGAGUGUGCUUUUUGUCAUGAGAAAGGACACCGGAAGAAAGACUGUCCGAAGUUGAAAAAGAAAGAAAAGAGACCGCAAGAUCCGCAAGAUGCAAAUGUUGCAGAAUGCAAAAGUGAUGCAGAAUCAGAUGUUUCCUUAAUUGUUAUGCCUUCAAUAUCAUCUUAUCCAGAUGAGUGGAUAUUGGAUUCAGCAUGUACCUAUCAUAUGUGUCCCAUUCGGGAAUGGUUUUUUGAGUUUCAGGAACUUAAUGGUGGGGUUGUCUACAUGGGUAAUGAUAAUAUAAAUAUAAAUUUUGUCCUUAUUUUAAGAUGUCUUUUUUCUAUUAUAUUGAUAUGAGAAAAAAAUGUAAUUUAUUGUAUUUUUGGUUCGAUUUUUGAAUAUCUACAUUUUGAUUU